CUGAUAGACGGCACUGACUGGCAUCACUGCUGGGCACUGACUGGCAGCACUGACUGGCACAACCGCUGGGCACUGACUGGUGGCACUGACUGGCAGCACUGCUGGGCUGCACUGGUGGGUGGCACUGGUGGGCAGCACUGGUGGGUGGGCACAGGUGGGUGGCACUGCUGGGCACAGGUAGGUGGCACUUCUGGGCACAGGUGUGUGACACUGCAGAGUGGCACAGGUGGGUGCACUGCUGGGCACAGGUGGGGUGAUCUGCUGGGCACAGGUGGGCGGAGCUAGUGGGCGCACUGCUGGGCACAGGUGGGCGGAACUUGCAGGUGGCACUGCUGGGCACCGAUCAUCAGGGCACUGAUCAUCACGUGUCAUUGGACACCGCUGAUCAGGUGGUAAAAGGCCGCUGUGAUUGGC